AUGACUUUUGCAACUAUGUUCUCGUUUCAUUCAGCGUCAAUAUUCGGCCCUCCUACCUUCAUUUCGCAAACUCAAGCUUCUCUCAGUCAAGUCCCCGAUCAAGCAGAAUGGAAGUCCCACCCGGAGAUGUCAUCGAUGAAGUCAUCACUCUACUCCCAAGAACAGUCUAUAAUGCAAACACUGGAGUUUAUCUUGUGGAAUUUUCACUACUUCCGAAAGCUGCCUGCGGAGAUGCGCAACAUGAUCUACCCAAUGGUGCUCACAUCCAACCGUAGCAUCCAGGUCAGCUCUCCACUCGGCAAGCGAAGACGGGGUGCUGGCUCGAAUUUUGCGUCUCUACUUCUUGCUAAUAAAGCUACGUAUGAGGAGGCACGUUACUUUUAUUAUCUUUGUAAUACUUUCGCCAUUGGGAAUAACGUCUGGGGAAGCAGCUACCUCUCCGAUCUGCACGGUCUCCGAGUUUUCAUGAAAUAUGCACACAAAGGUUUUCUCGCCCAGAUUGACCACAUCGAAAUCAACGUCUGCGCCGAGAAGUUUCGCUACUCCCAACAAGCGAUGAGACACGUCCAAUUCUACAUCUUCGAAUCGGAGAAAGGCAAAGAGCUCCGCAGCAUCUGCAAGCUCCUCCUCAAGCACUUCCGUGGCCUCAAAACCAUCACCACCAAAGCUUGCGAGCUAAAGAUGCGACCUCGAGGAUUCAAAUUGCCGAGUCCUUUGGAGACUCAUCCAAUGGGCGACUAUGAGACGGCGGGUGAUGCGUUGAAGUUGAUUCUGGAUGGGAAUAAGAAGGGCGAGAAGGGGUUUGAGCCGUUAGGUGUUAGGCGCUUUUGGUGGUAUUAG